AUGAUCGCGAAACUAUCAAUGCUCGCCUGCCUCGCCGCCCUCGUCGCGCCUGGUGCCCUCGCCGGCUCCGUCGAAAUAUCGCAGUUCGGCAGGCCAGGUUGCACCGGCCUCGCCUCGACGCUCAUCUUUGAGUCGGACAUCUGCAUACACGUGCCCGCCACCGGGUCCAUCGCUGUUUCGGAAAUCAUGGGCUGCACGCUCGCCGCAUUCUCUGGAGCUGGAUGCAGUGGAAGUUCCACAGGUGCGGUCGGGGAGGGGUGCUUCAGUAGCAACGGGUCGGAGCAGUCGAUACAGAUCACUUGCUGA